AUGGACUUUUCUCCUGGUGGGGCCACUCGUGCUCCGCAAACUGUUAUUGACUUGGGUGCUGUGCCAAGCAUAGACAAUUUUGGUUUUUACGAUUCUGGUGGCUACGAAACGACCGCAGCUGGCACUCAUCAGUUCCCAUCAGUAUGCUUUAAGGUUGUUUCAUGGAUUUUGACCAUGUGGUUCUGUGGCGGAUUCAUCGUGUACUUUAUAGCUCGAGCACUUGGUGGUGAUGUUGGAUACUCUCAGGUUCUCGGAGUUGUUGGAUAUUGCUUAAUUCCUCUGGUGGUUACUGGAUUCCUCAUGACUGUUGUGGCCAGGUUUGUUUACAUUUCUUAUCGCGUGGAGAUGAUUAUGCGAUCCAUUAUAAAACCACUGCAAUGA